UGGGGGAGCCGAGCCGUUUCGGCUCGCCUCGUAUCCCGCGCCUUGAUCGGAGCGGAGGCCGCUUUCCCUGGCGAGUCGGGCUGCUCGCACGGACGAGAACUCAAAACCCGUAUGGGUUUUAUCUGCAGAUAACGACGCCGAUUUGCUAGACGUUUUAGAUUAAGUUCUCCUUUAUUUUGGAGCGGUUAUGUGUAACUCAUCUCGUGUUGGCUUCCGAUUCACGACAGUGUCCCGGGAUGGGGCAGAAGUUAAGCUAAUUUCGCCCGAUUGCAGAUUGUGUCGAUUUUUGAUGAAAUUGAGUCAUGAAACUGUAACCAUUGAGUUGAAGAAUGGAACACAAGUGCAUGGAACAAUCACAGGUGUAGAUGUCAGCAUGAAUACACAUCUUAAAGCUGUGAAAAUGACCCUGAAGAACAGAGAACCUGUACAGUUGGAAACAUUGAGUAUUCGAGGAAAUAACAUCCGAUAUUUUAUUCUACCGGACAGCUUACCUCUGGAUACAUUACUUGUGGAUGUUGAACCCAAGGUGAAAUCUAAGAAAAGGGAAGCUGUUGCAGGAAGAGGUCGAGGCCGAGGCAGAGGAAGAGGACGUGGUCGCGGCAGAGGAAGAGGGGGUCCUAGGCGAUAAUGUCUUUCAAGAUUACUCUUUCAAAGUGAUAAGGAACUGGGGAAUAUUUUUUGUACAUGUUUUGUUUGUUUGUCAGUUUUUAAUAAACGUAAGUGUGGGAA